UCCGGCUGGUCUCCUCUCAGAGAAAUGGCGGCUUCCUGUGUGACAGUACAUUAGGAAUAAAGCCUGGCGUUCAGCAAGUAAUGAAUUCUCCGAGCGGAACUGUUCUGUCGAGACGGAUGCGGUCACAGUUUGUACUGUUAAAUAAUACGGAGUUAAUUAUUGCGUUUUUGGUUGCACUUUACGUCUAGUCCGGUUUUUCUUGUUCGCUACCUGGAUGCCGGCUACCGCGUUAGCUGCACAGGCAGAGACAGACCGAUCAACCUGUCAUCCUCUACAACUACUACCUACUGACCUACUGACACCUUCUCUGAAUGCUACAUUGUAUCUCAAGCCAGAACAGAGUUGUGUGUUUUCGAGUCCCAGUAGGAGACCGCAAACCAAGUCAUUUCACGUCUAAAUGCCCGAACAAGGCCCUAGGAUGAAUGGGUUUUCUCUCGGUGAGCUGUGCUGGCUGUUCUGUUGUCCGCCCUGCCCUAGUCGCAUCGCGGCCAAGCUUGCUUUCCUUCCACCGGAGCCCACGUACUCCAUGCACACCGACGCAAACGGCGAGAACAGCUUACAUUUGAGCGAGCGUGCGGACUGGCAGUACUCCCAGCGCGAGCUGGACGCGGUGGAAGUGUUCAGCACCAGGAGCAGCCGGGGUAACCGGGUCGGCUGCAUGUUUGUGCGCUGCGCCCCGAACAGUCGCUACACGCUGCUGUUUUCCCACGGCAACGCCGUGGACCUGGGGCAGAUGUGCAGUUUUUACAUCGGCCUCGGCUCCAGGAUAAACUGCAACGUGUUCUCCUACGACUACUCGGGCUACGGCGUCAGCACCGGCAAGCCGUCUGAGAAGAACCUGUAUGCUGACAUCGAGGCGGCCUGGCAGGUGUUGAGGAACAAGUAUGGCGUAACACCUGAGAACAUCAUCCUGUAUGGUCAGAGCAUCGGCACUGUGCCCACCAUCGACCUGGCUGCUCGCUAUGAGUGCGCUGCUGUCAUCCUUCACUCUCCACUGAUGUCAGGCCUACGUGUGGCCUUCCCUGAUACACGCAAGACCUACUGCUUUGAUGCCUUCCCCAGUAUUGACAAGGUGUCCAAGGUGGCAUCGCCGGUGCUGGUGAUCCACGGGACAGAGGAUGAGGUGAUUGACUUCUCCCAUGGCCUGGCCAUGUACGAGCGCUGCCCCCGUGCAGUGGAGCCCCUCUGGGUGGAGGGAGCCGGCCACAACGACAUUGAACUGUACGCUCAGUACCUGGAGAGACUCAAGCAGUUCAUCUCCUUCGAGCUUUCCACGUCUUGAGGGGGAGCUCAUCGCUUCGACCCAGGUUCAUCUCAACACACCGAAGAAGCCGCCUCCUUAUAAUCUCCCGACUUCCUCUCCGAGUGGAUGGGCAUGACCGGAGUAAACCAGUCCCACUGCCCCCCUCCUUACAGCCAUCUCAGGGCGGGGCCGUGUAGUGGACUGGAAGCGGAGGUGGUUUUGUAUUGUUGAGGUGCAGCCAAGGGUUGGGCCCGUGGCACCGAGCUGUGCAGUUUGUGCUCAACAUUCAGCAUCAGCCGACCCCUGGCCGGUGCUCCUACAUGUGAACCCAGUGAGUCUGGGCCUACACCGUGUUUGCACUUGCUGCUCGAGUCAAGAUUUAUUUCCCUCUCCAGCCCUCAGCCUUCCUCCCCCUCCUCCCCCUCCUCCCCCCCACACGCCUCCUCUGUCAUAGUCAAUGUUAAGUUUGUCACAUUUCUGAGUUCCCCCUCUGUUUCUCCUUCAAGCCCUGCUUUCUUUUAGACUGAGAGUCUUUUUGUAUUGUUUUAUACAAGGUAAAGAAGUAUCGAUUUUGCACCUUGAGAUACAACGGUUGAAUUUUUUUACUUUUUCUGUAAUUUUAAUUUACUAUUCAGGGUUGAUUAAACAGUUGCACUUUUAAUGUGCAGGUAUUUUCAGGUAAUGAUUUUUUUUCUGUUUUUUUGAUAUGUAUACGUCCAUUUCUUUUGUUAUUGGCAUUCCGUGUUGUUUUUGUUUGUUAGUUUUUUUUUUUUAUUCGAAGUACUACUUUUUUUUUUUCUCGAUGCUUGUGUCUGUGAAACCCCCACACACUGGGUAUUUGUAGUUGUGAUCUAUGUCGUAUUGAUGCACGCUACUCUCUCACGCAGGGAGAAGGUAAUGCCACUCUUCACUGAGAAAUACAGCCAUAUGCAGUACGCCUGGUGUAUUGGCAGAAACACUCCGAACAUUUGGAAGCACUCGGUCAUUCAGCAGGCCUACACCUCCAGACAGCUUAGCUUGAUAAAACGCAAAGAUCCCCAGUUGUUUUGCAAGCUCACAAUAAAUGCCCUGAUCACACUGUGACAGGCAGAGGCAAAGAGAAGACAGACAUUUAAUUCUGUUGAAUACUAAGAGGUGGGUGGAUCAUUUAUUUUCCAGUUUUGAGCUGAAUUGACUCUGUAGGUGAUUAAAGAAACUGAUUUUGAAACAAAUUAUGUUGCAGAAUACAAACUAAUCUCCAAAGCUCUGGUAAAGUUAUUGUUGUUUACAUGUACAUCACAGUCUGUAAACAUAUCCACUAAGCAACAUAGACUAUUAUUGCAAUAUUAAUAUGCCAAUAUACUGGGUGAUAAAGACCCAUCUUUAGGUGAAGAGAGAGUAGCAGGCAUCAGAGCUGUGUUUUGUGUAAGUGGAGCCUGUGGAAGUGAGAAUGGGCUUCAAACAAACACUCUUGACUCAGUACUGUAAAAUGAAGCCAGAGAGCAUCGUGUGGGUUUACCUGCAUCCAGAAGACGCUAAACCUCUGAACUCAGCUCUGUGCGUGCUUGUUAAAGGUGAACGUGCUGCUGCUGGUUCGUUUGAGUAUUUAAUUUAUCAGUCACACGAUAUUAUUUUUUACACACUAAAAGUAGCCUUAUGUUCGAACACAUUUCAUCCGGACAUUCCUGUCGACUACAACGGGGCUCUUGUGGUCUUCAGGGAGACUGAAGUGCUGCUAUUCGUCAGAGGAAUCAAUCAGUCAUCACUGUGAAAGCCAGACGGUUUGAGGAGUACUGAAAUGACAGCGAGGUACUAAAACCAAAUUCAGUCUGACACAGUCAUCCCCCUUUUUCCCGCUACGUGUCCCUGUCUGGAACAGGACGGGGACCGACCAGGAAAGUCCUCAUACCCCGAUAGCCCUCUAAUAGUUUCCUGUUUCCCAGCUCAAACUCCAAAGACAGAACCACAAAGGGGAACCUGAAUGCUGUGGAAAUGAGCAACGCAUGCAGAUCUCCUCCUCUAUUUGUGGACAUUUCAACCGGAUUGUAUUUGAAUCACUUGUUUUUUUCCAGCCCCUGCAAACGAAAACAAUGAAGUUAACACUAGAAAUGAAGUUAAACAAUCAUAAUGAGGUUAAAAAAAAAAAAAAAAAGGAUGAAAUGCUAUCACGUUGAAGUCAAUGCUGAAUCAAUUUUCAGAAAAUGAUUGUGCUCGAGAGACAUUUGCAUAAUGUAAUGAUGUAUUGCUGUGAAGUGACUCGUUAGUGAAUUAUUAGUGUUUUCCCUUCCUAGCUAAUGUUGGGCCGAUGUUUUUGGAUAAAAAGCCCUUUCCUCUAGCUCCUCUUUUUAAAGGAAAUGAAGACCCUGCUUUAGACCUGAUUAUUGUUUUGAUACAGACAUUUGUACGAGAUUUUCCAGUCUAAUAAUGAUGGAUUUACACUGUCUCUGGAACUGGUUUGUACGAUAUUCCUCUGUAAUGUAUACUUCAGUAUCUUCUCUAUACAUAUUGGCCCUUGCAUGGGGCAGGCUAGUCUCAUUGAUUUUAACACUGGAAUCAUAAUAUGCAAACGAAAGACGGAUGAAGCUAGCAGAAUCAUGUAUUGGUAAUGGGGUGUAAAAGAAAACCAAUGAAAUAAGCCUUAAAUAUGCUACAUCGUACAUGUGGUGGUCGUUGCGAGAAGGCAGCACAAUGGAUGUUUUUAACGCUUAUAAUGGAAUAAAGGAUGCAUGGAAAUGUA